ACCAUUGCCAGGAACUCCUGGGAGGCAUUUUCAGGGCUGAGUGUUGGUGUUUGGGAGGUUUUGAUGGAGCCCAGAUGCCCGGGGACUUGUAGAGAUGGACUUGGGUAGGAGGAACCCCCAACACAACGCGCUCAUCCCUUGUUUUUCCCCAAACCAGGAUUUCCCAUUGCCAAGCCUUGGCCCGAUUGAGGAGGAGGAGGCUGCGAGGAAGAGGAAGAUGGCCCAGGAGCUCCAGACAGACAAGGAGCUGAGCACAGAGAGCAGGGAGGAGAAAUCCCCACGGCAGAACCUGGAGGAAGAGGCCGUUUGCAGCGGCUCCACGGUGCAGGAAUCCAACGGGGAGGAAAAGCCGCGGAGAUCCCACACCAGGAGGGGCUGCAAACGGAGAUCGCGGGGAUCUGAGGAGGAAAGACCCAGCCUGGGUUGGGCAGGCGGCCGGAGAUGGAGCCAUAGCUCGGACCUGGUGGUCCAUGAGCAGCUUCAUGAUGGGGAGAAGCGCCACAAGUGCUCGGAGUGUGGGAUGAGCUUCAGAUGGAGGUGCCACCUGAUCUGCCACCAGAGGAUCCACAGUGAGAGGCCCUACGAGUGUGGGGAGUGUGGGAAGAGGUUUCACACCAGCAGCAAUCUCCUCCAGCACCAGCGCACGCACACAGAUGAGAAGCCCUUCCACUUCCCUGACUGCGGGAAGGGCUUCAGGCAAAACUCCACCCUCACCAAACACCGGCGCGUCCACACUGGGGAAAAGCCCCACAAGUGUGAGGAGUGUGGAAAGAGUUUCAGGCAGCGGAAUGAUUUGAUCCAUCACCAGUACAUCCACACUGGGGAAAAGCCCUACAAGUGUGGGGACUGUGGGAAGGGCUUCAGGCACCGUUCCACCCUAAUCGUUCACCAAAAGAUCCACACUGGGGAGAGGCCCUACAAGUGUUCUAAGUGUGGAAUGAGAUUUUCCACCUGCUCCCGGCUCCUCGAGCACUACCAGACACACACAGAGGAGAGGCCCUACGAGUGUUCUGCCUGCGGGAAGGGCUUCAGGAAAAACUCCCACCUCAUCACCCACCGGCACAUCCACACUGGGGAGAGGCCCUACGAGUGUGAGGAGUGUGGGAAGAGCUUCUCCAAGAGCUCAACCUUGACCCAACACCAACAGAGGCACCAUUAAGGGAAGCCCUUCUUGGUCUCUGUAGUGAAUGGGCCAGGAGACCAGCUCCUUUUUCAAGGCCUUUAUGGAAAAUCAACUCUGGGUGGGGCCCGAGGGGUAGUGCACACUGCUUGGGAGGAGAGGUUCAGCUCCCUGCAGCACCUCACCACGGUACGGCGGUGCCGGGGGUGUCACCGGGGAUGGGGCAACUGUGGGCUCAGAAGAAUCUCCUCGUCUGACCUUGAUCCUGUUUCCAUCUCUGUUGCUGUUUCCAUUGCUGGCUUUGUCCUCUUCAUCUUCAUCUCCCUCUUCGUCUUCAUCUUUGCCUCCAUCUUCGUCUUCAUCUCCAUCAUCAACUCCAUCCCUUUCUCCAUCUCCAUCAUCUCCAUCACCAUCAAGAAGCUCAAGGCCGAACAGAACAAGCAGCCGCCGACGCCGCUCCUGACCCGCAAAUUUAUAGGGGAACCCCCGGGAGGUGCCAACCCUCGCCGGCCAGAGCUGCGCGUCGCCUAUGUCCGGCACGAGCUGUGGCCAGAGAGCCUUCAGCCCAAGCUUGACCACGUCCAGACUCCGACCACCAAGGGAGGACCCUCUGAGCCAUCCCCAGCCACCGCUGCCAUCACCGCGGCCACCCCCGCCAAGCCCCCGGUGGCCCCCAAGGCCGAGGAGCCCGGUGAUGUCCGGUCGGUGCUUCCAGAGCGGUGCCGGGAGCGCCGGUUGGAGUGCCAGGAGUCCAGUGAGCUGGAGCUGCCGCGGCACGACGGGAAGGGCGGCGGCAGAGGCACCCUGGCUGACAUCGUGGAGCAGCUGCAGGAGAAGGAGGGGAGCCGCGGCGCUCACAGUCGGCCCCAGCACAGGGCAGCGCGCUGCCGCCGCCGCCCCCCGCACACAGUGAUGCACAAGGGGUUCCUGCUGCGCAAGUACGAGCUCGACGGCGCCGGCAAGAAGGCAUCCAACAGGUCCUGGGUGAACCUCUACUGCGUGCUGGCCAAGGGCGACCUGGGCUUCUACAAGGACGCCAAGGGCCCGGCGGCCGGUGCUAUGCACGCCGGCGAGCCGCUGCUCAGCCUGCACCGUGCCGCCAGCAACGUGGCCAGGGACUACAAGAAGAAGAAAAACGUCUUCAAGCUCAAGACCAGUGAUGGGAGCGAGUUCCUACUGCAGGCCAAGGACAAGGAGGACACGCAGGGCUGGCUGCGGGCUCUGGCCGCCAGCGCCCAGGAACACGCCGAGCUGGCCCAGUGGCAGCAGGGCCUCCUCACCACCUCCUCCACCGACGAGGGGCUCCCGCGGCUUCGGGGUUCAGAACGGGGCAGGAGGAGGAGGGAGGAAGAGGCGGAGCCGCAGCAGAAGCAGGAGGGGACAAGGAACGAUUCCAGCGCCAUCCCGGAGCUGCCUGAACUCGCAGCACCCCCCGGGACCAUCGCCCCCCAUCCCGCAGACAGGGAGCUGAGCAUGGAGACCAGGGAGGACAAAUCCCUGCAGGAGAACCUGGUGGAAGAGGCCAUUUGCAGCGGCUCCACGGCACAGGAAUCCAACGGGGAGGAAAAGCCGCAGAGAUCCCGCACCAGGAGGGGCUGCAAACAUAGAUCUCGGGGAUCUGAGGAGCAAAGACCCAGCCUGGGCCGGGCAGGCAGCCAGAGAUGGAGCCAGAGCUCGGACCUGGUAGUCCAUGAGCAGCUUCGUGAAGGGGAAAAGCGCCACAAGUGCUCGGAAUGUGGGAUGAGCUUCAGAUGGAUGUACAGACUGGUCUGCCACUAGAGGAUCCACAGUGGGGAGCGGACCUACGAGUGUGGGGAGUGUGGGAAGAGGUUUCACACCAGCAGCAAUCUUGUCCAGCACCAGCGCACGCACACAGACGAGAAACCCUUUCCCUGCCCCAAAUGCGGGAAGCGAUUCAGGGAAAACUCCACCCUCACCAGACACCGGCUCAUCCACACUGGGGAAAAGCCCCACGAGUGUGAGGUGUGUGGGAAGAGCUUCAGCCAGAGCUCCACCCUGAUCAGCCACCAAAGGAUCCACACUGGGGAGAGGCCCUACGAGUGUUCUAAGUGUGGGAAGAGGUUUCACACCAGCUCCAAGCUCGUCAAGCACUACCAGACACACACGGAGGUUAGGCGCUACGAGUGUCCUGACUGCGGGAAGGGCUUCAGGAAAAACUCCCAUCUCAUCACCCACCGGCACAUCCACACUGGGGAGAGGCCCUACGAGUGUGAGGAGUGUGGGAAGAGCUUCUCCCAGAGCUCAGCCUUCACCAGACACCAACGGAGGCACCAUUAAGGGAAGCCCUGCGAGUGCCCCGAGUGUGGGAAGAGCUUCGUGUGCUGCUCCAACUCCAUCCCCCACUGCAGGACCCACGUUGGGCAGAGCCCUGGUGACCCACAUUCCCUGGGAUCCAUAUUGAGUGGACACCUGCCUGGUUAUCCUUUUGUUUUGGACUUCAGUUUUUCUCUCUUCUCCAUCUCUUUGUGCUCCAAAAGCCAAGAGGGAUUGAUCUUUCACUUCAAAACCUCCCAAAUCUAAGUAAAAACACCUCAAUUUUGACUCAAAAGGGAUCAAUCCAGGUUCAAAGUGCCUUGUUCCCACCUCAGAACCACUCAAUCCCACACAAACCUUACUGGAUUCCAGAGUUGCCAGUGUGAGAAAGGGUUGGAAGGAGAUUGGGAGAUGUGGGAUCCAAAUUUGGAGCGGUGGGAUCGGGAUUGUGUGGGGCUGGCUGUGUGGGAUGUAUUUGAUAGUAAAUAAAUCUUUGACAAUUCCUGA